AUGGGUACAGAGAAAGCCUAUCAAAAGAAGUCGAAGCAACUAUGUCCGAUGCUCAAAGAACACCCUUACGAGCCGAUCGAAAGAAAGAUUGGCAUUGAUGGCUCUAGAGUGGAGAAAGUUUUGGAAUCAGUUCAUAUUGCUGCCAAUAAGAACAUUGUUCCUGGGGAUGUGUCUGCAAUGGUUCCUGGUGGCAUCCGGAUGGGAACCCCAGCUCUCACAUCCAGGGGAUUCAUUGAGGAGGAUUUUGCAGAAGUAGCCAAAUUUUUUGAUGCUACAGUGAAAUUGGCUGUGAAGAUCAAGACCGAUACAAAAGGAACAAAGUUGAAGGAUUUUGUGGCAAACAUGCAGUCAGUUGUCCAUAUUCAAUCCGAUAUUGCAAAGCUUCGGCACGAUGUUGAGGAGUAUGCUAAGCAAUUUCCAACAAUUGGUUUUGAGAAGGAGACAAUUUCCAACAUAUAUUGA